ACAGACAGACAGACAGACAGACAGACAGAGACAGACAGACAGACAGACAGACAGACAGAGAGAGACAGACAGAGAGAGACAGAGAGAGAGAGAGAUUGAGAGAUUUAAUAACUGACCUCUCCAGUUUGCCUUCCCCGCCAACACCCACCACCAGUAACUGGCAUCUUCCGACGCCUAUCAUACUGAUGUACUUACCUUUGUUUGACACCUAAUAGCCAAUCUCUGGGGUGUUUUUUUUUUUUUUUUUUUUUUCUUGCUUGUUUUUUUGCUUGCUUGCUUGUCGUAAACAUUCAUUCCGACGCCUAUGAAAUAAUGUAAUCUAAAAUCUUGACUUGCGGAAGCGGGUCAGGUCAGUCUUUAUGGAUAUUUUGUACAACCGGAUAUGUUUAUUUCUAUUUUUAAUUUAUUCUUGCUUUCUUUUUCUUUUUUUGUAAUUGGGAGUUCUUUCCCUUUAGUGAAACAUUUCACAAUUUGAAGUAAUCGGUGCUUGAUUGUCAAAACGUGCUGUUACUUGUACGUGUGUAACUUCAGUCCCCAACUUCAUUAGGGCAUUUUAUUAAGUAUUGCAACGUACAGUAAUUAUUUGACAAGCAACAGUUCUGUAUCUGAAGGUAAGUCGAUGUCCGUUUGAUAUGACUGACAUCGUACACACGGACACAUAAUGACAGUCACACUGUUGUCAUCAAACACUUGAAACAGUAAUAUACUAAUAAUAUUAUUUGUUACAUGUGAUACUAUUGCACGGGGCACGUUAUGUCAAUAAGAACCACACAUUCUACGUCCCUUCGGACUAGUCACAGUGAGAUACCUGCAACUGUUCAAACAGCAACACCUUGCAAAACUAUGGAAGAAGAUAAAAGUGGAUUAAACAUUUUGAUUUCUCAAAGACUGCAUCGUCCAAAUCUCUCUCGUAUGAUAUCAUGGGAAAUAGAAAAGGAAAAGCCACAAGUUGGAUCAUCAAAACGAAGGAAGAAGGCAAAGAAGAAACUUUCUCUUCAAGAUUCUGCUGGCAGUGUCUCUCCUGAAGUAGGGUGUUCCGGUAGUCAUGGCGACAACAUUGACAGUGAUGGAUCAGAGUAUUAUUCUGCAGAAGAGUGUUUCAUUUCAUCUGACUCUGAAAGUUCUGCGGAUUCACCAUCCCUCUCAUUGCAUGGCUUUGACCUGGAAGAUGAUAUACCGAUAGAUGAAUCCGAUGAUGAUGAGGAAGUUGAUGGUGAAAGAAAGAGAGCCCUUAGUAAGAAACAGAAACGUCGACGAAGAGAAAGACUAAAACUCUGCUUUGCAGAUUACAUGAUUCCCUUUAGAAAUGUUGAACACAUUGACCUGGAUGCCAGUGACUUGUUUGAGUUCUGUCCCUCCGACGUGCAUGUAACCAGGGUUGUGCCAUCCUUGUUUCAGCUUGCUCUUCACACACUGUGGAGAAGAAAACAGACCAAAACUAGCUCGCAGUCGUACACAAAACUUCCAAGAGUUAUGAAAACUGAGGUGUCAGACCUGCAGCUAGGUCAGUCAUUUGCCAGCAUCCAACUGUCCUUGCUCUAUCGACUUCUUGCAUAUGUUGAAAAACACAUCAAGGAGAUUUUAAGAGCAGACUAUGAUUCUUUUAAAAAAAUAAAAAACUACAAGAUUGAGUUUGUGAAGAGGAAUGUCUGGAGUUACGUCUUUUUUGAGAGGUCUAUGAACACAAACUUUAUCGGACAUGAAUCCACUGCUUGGCUGCCAUUUACUUAUUUUGGAUAUGGGGCGCUUUAUUCUGAUAACAUGGGCCAUCAUCUGUAUCAGGUUGCCUUGAUUUCAAUCCUGUCAGUCGUAAUGGAUCUGAUGUUGCCACGGAGCAUCUCGGCCGCUCGAUACAACAAAUCCCGUAAACGGACUCGGUCCGAGACUGAUGUUAUGAAGCAGGCAAUGCAAUCACUGCUCCGAUUUGUUAAACAUUCACUCAGUAAAAGGUAUCCUGAAGUGGUGAAGCAUGUUUUCGACUGGGCUGUUCCAUACUUCCACUGGUCACGGGGGAACAUCAGUCUGGCUGCUGAAGCCUUUCUUGAGAAUUCAGAAAAAGUAGACGGUGUAAAUCGUGCGUGUCUGCUAAGCGAGGCAGCGAGGCUGUAUUGCCAUCACGACCAGCCUGAUAUGGCCUCCCAACUGUACAGGGAAGCAGCAAACAGUGUGCUCGACUGCGGAAAUCUGGAACCUUUGGCUGUUGAUCAAAUAUCUGCCCAGAGGUUUGCUUUGAUGGCCGAUAUUAAUGAUCAAGGAGUCAUGACAUCUCCAAAGGCAGAGGAGGCUGCCAGUACCUGGAGAUCGGUUCUCAAGCUUGCCAAACAUGCCCCUCCAGGACUGGGAUCUCGAGCUAUUGAAUCAUUGCUGUGUUUUCAUGCGGGUAGUCGUCAAGGUGUUUCUGAUGCUGACAUCUUGAAGGAAGCCUUGAAUCUAGCAUCACCCGAGGUGAUGAGUGACACACCACAGCUCUAUCUACACUUGUCUCUCAUAUACGCUUUACUGGGAAACUCCGCAGAAUCACUAGCAGAAUACAAACAGUUUAAAGUAUAUUAUUUUGAGAAUGACAUAGUACCAGGCAGUUUCAUGAUGACAAAAGGUGAUGGUAGAACAUUCAACCCUUGGCAGCACCUUCUGAAACACACCGAGACUGGCAACAUAUUACAUUUGUUAGACGUGGCCUGGCGCACUCAGCUAGGACACAUGAGGAUAGUGAAAGACAAGGAUUCAUUUGAUGGUGACGUUGCUUCAUAUCCUGAUCUGCACUUGACCAUGACCUCUGAUGGCUUCCUUUCAGCUGACCUCCAGAUGGUGCUGCCCUCUAUGAGAAAUCUGAAACUGGAUCCGUACACUGGUUCGAUUGUUUAUGACCAGCUCUCCAGGGUAAACUUUCCAUGGCAUUCAUUGGAUUUCCUCCAUGCUGAAAUGCACAACUAUAAUGGUCGCUUCCUUACUCCAACAACUGUCGAGCUGUACAAUGAUGGAGCAGGAAAUCGGGUUCACAUUCUGUGUUCUGAUGUAAGCCUAAUGGAAAGAACAGACUUCUUGAACAAGUUCAUCACCCUAUACUGGACAGGUGCAGGAGGUCAGAAGGCCAAACUCAAUCUGUUUUCACGCAUUAGGAAAGCAUGUUACGAGGCAGAAAUAGAACAUAUCACAGCCAAAAAAGAGGUGGAGUUUGACAGACAGAAGUCGAAGAAAAUAAGUCUGGCCUACUACUGCAGUAAUGCCGAUGAAUAUCAUGCAGCCUAUUUGAAAGCUCUGCUGUUCUGUUAUGAAAGAGGAUGGUCCUGUGACUUUCAUACUGUUGAUAGAGUGCUGCAGGGAAUGGUGGAUCAGCUACAUCCAAAGAAGUCUAAGACCAAAAAAAAAACAUCCCAAAAACCAAAGUCAACAAGAAUAAAGAACCCCUAUAAUUUUAACAAGUGGGGAGAACCGACGGAGUUCAACCUCAAGAUUAGUUAUUACUUUUCCUAUUACCAGACCAUCUUGAUGCUGUUCAGCACCAAAGAGCAUUCCAACUGUGUGGCUUUCAUCGACUGUUCAAACAGAGAAAACUUCCUCAGUCCGAAAAUUAUUGCUGACUAUAAAUUACUUGACAGCAUCAUCAAUGAGGAUGAGUUUCCUAAAGUUGACCGACAUGUGCUGCCCCGUGCUGAAAUCAUGUGGCACAGUGUUUACAUUACAAGUGAUCGAAAAGCCUGCUUGAUAUAUGGACAGAAAGGUGAACUCUUAAAAACAACCUACCCAGACGAAGAAGGCUUCACACCACAGUCACACACUUUUACCAGAACACCGGUUGUUCUAGGAAGAAAAAUGUACGGAACCACAGACGACAAAUUAAGCAUCAUCUGUGAUGACCUCUCAGACAAUAUGACCUUCAGUGACUCGGUACCUGAGGUCCGCAAGCUUUCUGUGAUUGCUGAUAAGCUUAUGGUUGUCACGGUAACAGGGCUGUAUAUAUUUGAUCCUGAAUCUCUCCAACCUUGCCAGAUUAUUGUCAAGUGUGAAAGUUGUUCUCUGAAGCUGGAUGAUAAACAUGAGAGCAUUGUGGAUGUGGAACAUGUUGAGAUUGUUGGGACAAAGUUGAUAUCUGACGGAACUGUCCGCACGGAGCGUGUAGCACUGUCUGCAGACAACCACUUGGUCAUUCUGGACUUCACUCAGUCUGUGGAGCUCAUCAUGUGUACUGCUCUGGCUGGACUGGCAAAGGAAGUCUGUUUUGUGGGGAAAAAAAGUCUGCUAGCAUCGUGUACGCUGCACAGUAGCAGUACAAGCUUCUACCGGGAACACAUCUACCACCUGUCAUACUCCGGUCAGCUUCUGGGUAUCCUUCCUUUCCUCGGCCCCGGACCGCGCGGCUUCCUGCCAGUCUGGUUACCAAACAACGAGGACGCUUUAAUGGUCGACUCCCGGCUCGGUCAAGCAGGCUGGCGGGUCUUCAUGCGUGACGGACAUGAAGGCAUUAUGUCCAUUUUACUUGUCUGACUUACGCCACUCUCUGUCUGUGUGAUGAACAUUACCUUAUGGAGGAUACAAGACCUGGAUACUGCCUCCAUGGUUGAAAAUAUCUUGGUUAAUAUCAGUAAUAUGUCAUACAUAAUAACCAUAUUACAUUGUGAAGGAUACAAAGACUACAUAUUUCCCAGGUUUAUAUGGUUGAAUAUAUCUUGGUUAUAAUAUCAGUGCUACAUGUAUAUCUUAAUUACCUCGUGUGAAGAAUACAAAACCUGUAUACAACCCCUGCAAUUAAGAAAAUGUCCAUGGCAAAAAUAAUUGCCAUUGUAAAAAAAAAAAAACUGAAUAUAGUCCCAUGGUUAACUAACAACUCCACGGCAAUCUCCACAGCAUUGCCGAUUGCCGUGGGCAAUUGCAGGGGUUGGUAUAUUGUCUAUAUGUUGAAAAUAUCUUGGUUAAUAUCUGUGAUAUAUCUUAAUUACCUCAUGUGAAGGAUAAAAAAUCUGGAUAUUGCUCACAUAGUUGAAAAUAUGCAGUUAACAGCUGAUGAUGUGAUAUGAAUGAUAAAACAUUGUGACACUUUCAGUAUACAUCAACUUCGUUUGUUCACUGAUUGUUAAAAUUGAUACAUUAAAAUCUUCAAAUGUUCAAACUAUUUUAAUCAACCACAGAGGUCUGGUUAGUUACAAGCAAAUGGUGUACAAAUUAAUGUCUUAAAUAAAGUGUUCAAGUAAGGUGAUAUUCAAUUGUCAUAAUACACAUGUAUGUUUUAUGAGAUUACUUGAGUGGCAAGUAGAAAUUACUUUCUUACAGACACAUAAUGUUGUGUGCUAUUUAUCAUGUCACAUUGUGAUAUCCAUCAUAUGUUGGUAAUUGAUUUAUAGCCAUAUCUGACUGGCUUCUUCAUAGUGAUGACCUAAUGUCAAAGAAAGGUGUCCACUGCAGUUAACACUGCUGAACUUGAUUGCUACAUACACAUGUAUGAUGUAUAACGUAUGUGUGAGAAAUGACAAUAUUCCUUAUAAUUAUGAUGUGAGAAAUGUCAAUAUUACUUAAUUAACUGAUGAUAUGAGAAAUGACAAUAUGACAAUAUUACUUAAACUGAUGAUAUGAGAAAUGACAAUAUUACUUAAACUGAUGAUAUGAGAAAUGACACUAUUACUUAUACUGAUGAUAUGAGAAAUGACAAUAUUACUUAUGCUGAUAUGAGAAGUGACAAUAUUACUUAUACUGAUGAUAUGAUAAAUGACAAUAUUACUUACUGAUGAUAUGAGAAAUGACAAUAUUACCUAUACUGAUUAUUUGAGAAAUGACAAUAUUACUUAUGCUGAUGAUAUGAGAAGUGACAAUAUUACUUAUACUGAUGACAUGAGAAGUGACAAUAUUACGUAUGCUGAUGAUAUGAGAAGUGACAAUAUUACUUAUACUGAUGAUAUGACAAAUGACAAUAUUACUUACUGGUGAUAUAAGAAAUGACAAUAUUACCUAUACUGAUUAUUUGAGAAUUGACAAUAUUACCUAUACUGAUUAUUUAAGAAAUGACAAUAUUACCUAUGCUGAUGACAUGAGCAAUGACAAUAUUAAUAUACUGAUGGUAUGAAAAAUGACAAUAUUACUUAUACUGAUAAGAGAAAUGACAAUAUUACCUAUACUAGUAAGAGAAAUAACAAUAUUACUUAAUAUAAUGAUGGCAUGAGCAAUGACAAUAUUAUCUAAAGUGAUGACAUCAUAAAUGAUAAUAUUACCUGUACUGAUGACAUGAGCAAUGGCAAUAUUACUUCAUAUACUGAUGAUAUGAGAAAUGACACUAUUACUUAUACUGAUGAUAUGAGAAAUGACAAUAUUACUUAUGCUGAUAUGAGAAGUGACAAUAUUACUUAUACUGAUGAUAUGAUAAAUGACAAUAUUACUUACUGAUGAUAUGAGAAAUGACAAUAUUACCUAUACUGAUUAUUUGAGAAAUGACAAUAUUACUUAUGCUGAUGAUAUGAGAAGUGACAAUAUUACUUAUACUGAUGACAUGAGAAGUGACAAUAUUACGUAUGCUGAUGAUAUGAGAAGUGACAAUAUUACUUAUACUGAUGAUAUGACAAAUGACAAUAUUACUUACUGGUGAUAUAAGAAAUGACAAUAUUACCUAUACUGAUUAUUUGAGAAUUGACAAUAUUACCUAUACUGAUUAUUUAAGAAAUGACAAUAUUACCUAUGCUGAUGACAUGAGCAAUGACAAUAUUAAUAUACUGAUGGUAUGAAAAAUGACAAUAUUACUUAUACUGAUAAGAGAAAUGACAAUAUUACCUAUACUAGUAAGAGAAAUAACAAUAUUACUUAAUAUAAUGAUGGCAUGAGCAAUGACAAUAUUAUCUAAAGUGAUGACAUCAUAAAUGAUAAUAUUACCUGUACUGAUGACAUGAGCAAUGGCAAUAUUACUUCAUAUACUGAUGGUAUGAGAAAUGACAAUAUUACUUAUACUGGUAUGAGAAAUAACAAUAUUACUUAUAUCGAUGUGUAAAGCAAAAUGUACAGUUAUCCUAUUGUUAAGAUACUUAACAGAAGUCUACUGACUUGUCUAAAUAUUCUUUUUGGAUUUUUUGUUUCACACUCUUUCAUCAAGAUAUUGUUAUUUUAGCAUUCAUUAUCGAUCACAUUUUUUAUAUUACAUUUACAUGUUUUGAUUUGAACUGUAUGUAAAUUUCUUUGCACUUUAUUUUUGUUAAAUAUACAAAUAUAUUAUUAAUGUAUGAUCAAAUAUGGAUUUUGCAACAUGGAAUUAAAAAAAUAAUAGACAUGCAUGUAUUAUUUGGAUCAUUUAUGAGAAACUGUGAUAUACGUUUUGUCGUAUUUAUUUGCUAUUUUCAUCUAUGAAUAAAUAUUUUUAUGUGA